AUUCGGCACGGAAGUUGGCGUUCCUAAAUAGCUGUUCGUAAAUCGUGCCAUUUUCUAGCCAUAAUCUUUAUAAAAAUGGAGAUUUGCCGGUUGUGUAUGGGCGACACCACUUUGGAUUCGUUCAGUGACCUUGAUGAUGCUCAUAUUUACGACAAAAUCAACGAUUGCCUAAAAAUCGAGGUGGAUCCUUACGACAAAGUUUUACCUUCUACGAUAUGCUGGAGUUGUGCCAAGUUGGUACGAAAAUUUUACCGCUUUCGUCGCGAAUGCUGGAAGACUCAGAGGCUGCUGUUGAUCCAACUGAAAAGAGAGAAGUCCGUAAAAAUAUCAAAUAUUUCAAAACCACUGCCACUCUCCCUUCGCGAUGGAAGGAGCACAAUGAAGGAAAUAAUGUGGCAACGAUGUUUGGCACUACCGAAGAAAGCGAAACAAGAAAUGAUGAUUGAAAUUAUGGAAAUAAGUCCCCCGCCUUCACCUACAUUACCCCUUAUGCCACAAGAUGAUGUCGUACAACAGUAUCAAGAAGAGAGUCUGGAAAAAGGCAAAGUUAUGGAUGAGAUUGACGGAAAUGAAGAUAUAUCAAUACCACAGGAUGAAGCGGUCAGCGACUGGCAGGUAGAUGAGUCAACGCCGUCCGUGGGCCAACAGUCCGACUGCGAGACUCAACGUCUGUCUCCAGUCCCCGAUUCCGAAGGAUUGUUAGUAGAUAAUUUCGAGAAAUGCGAUUUCGAAAUGAAAGACAUAGAAACCUUGGAUAACAUGCCGGAAAAAGACGAACAAAAGAACUACGUUAACAUACACCCGGAUACAACGGUCAUGGAAAAACAAGAAAACAUGCAACCUGAUACAAAGGUGUUCGAAAAUUAUGAAAACAUUCAGCCUGGUACAGCGCUCAAUGAGAGUAACGAAAUAAUGCAGCCUGUAAAGAAGGAAAACGAAUGCAGUAAAAAUGUUCUCCAACAAAACCUGGAAUGUUUUAAGGUGGAAAAUGAUGUAAAGUUACUGAAUGAAGAAUCUGCACCGAAUACUUUUCCCGAGUACGUAGAGGAAUAUUUAGAUUCGGACACUUGCGAUUAUGACUCUGCGCCUCCGAAUGAGCAGAAAAGUAGUGAAUCUGAGCAAAUUGUGCCUACCCGUAGCAAACCAAUGACUGGAAAAGCAUUGUAUCAAUCUUUGCUCAUGAAAUGUUCGAUUUGUGAUAAGGAAAUUGAACGCAACAGAAUGGAAGGACAUAUCAACAAACAUAAAGGACUUCGACCUUAUCAGUGCGGUACGGACGGUUGUACUGCCGCAUUUCACUGUAAGCACGCUCGUCGACUUCACAUUCGUUGCCGACAUGGAAACGAUACUUUCCCAUGUGACAUCUGCGGCAAAGUGUACAAGGCAAGACGGGAUUUGUUGGGUCACAAACGAGAAACUCACGGAGAGGCAAAGUUUGAGUGCGACAUUUGCCAGAAACGGUUUACUACAAGAUCACGAUUGAAACAGCAUCGUAACUAUCACGUUGGAGAGCGAAAACACGCCUGUCCAGUAUGUCCUUCGAGGUUCUUUAACAAGUUUCAGUUGCGUGUGCACGCAAGAGUACAUACGGGAGCAAAACCGUUUGCCUGUCGAAUCUGUUCCAAAUUCUUUACUUAUCGACAUUUGGCAAAGGAGCACAUUGUUCGUCAUCAUGGCAUUCAUCAAUCGCUCGACAAAGAGUGGAUUAUAGCGUAUCCUGAAGAGGAGAUUAGGCAUGAAACCGACUCCAAAGCUACGACGACAUAUAACGAAAUGGAUGCUGAGGAAUUAAGUAAAUUGUGCCGUCUGUGUAUGGCAGAUUGCCGCCUAGAUGAAAGCUGCUCCGACGACAAAAUUCGGGAUAAAGUAUUGGAAUGUCUAAACAUAUCGUUGAACUUGAAUGACGGCGAUUUACCAUCCUGUAUUUGUUCCUUAUGUGCUGGUAAAGUGGAAGAUUUCUACCAAUUUCGUCGCAAAUGCUGGGUGGUACAAGAGAGCAUCGUAGAACUGAUUCGGAAGCAUUACAGUGAGGUUCCUGAAAUGUCGCCGGAACAGGAAACGGACGUAAAUGAUUCCGACAUGGAUGAACAAGAGGAAGACGUAGCCGAGACGGAAGCGAAUGUUACAAGCAUGGAUGUGUUUAUUGAGCUAGCACCAAACAGAAGCGGAGAUAGCGGUCAACGGAACCGUCCGUUGCAGAAUGCAAAAGAGGAAUGUUUAACGUGCGGCAAACUUGUCGAGAGGGUACGAAUGGAUGGCCAUCGAAAUCGUCAUCUGGGGCUGGAACCGUACCAAUGUCUCCAGUCUGGCUGUACCGCAAGCUUUGCAUGCAAAGUGGCGCUCCGGCUGCACCGGAACAAUUUGCACAGCGAAGGACAGUAUCCAUGCUCAUUGUGCGAUAGAGUAUUCACGUCGAAAAAGAAAUAUUACGACCACAAAAUGAAUGUACAUUCAGGAAAGUGCUUCAGCUGUGAUAUUUGUGGUGCAAGGUUUAGUACAAAUAUCAAAUUAAACCGUCAUACUGUCAUCCACUCCAGUGAACGUCCCUUCGCUUGCCAGCUAUGUCCUAAGGCAUUCUAUCGCAACUCAAAUCUUAAAGUGCAUAUGCGUUCACAUACCAAAGAAAAGCCAUUUAUCUGUCCGGUAUGUUCCAAACCAUUCGGCUAUUCAAGGCUCGUCAAACAACAUUUAAUGCGAGUCCACGGUGAAACUGGCAGAGAAUCGCCAAUCAUGUCGGAGGUUGUUUCGGCCUAACAAGGAUUUAAGUGGUGUUUUAUGUUUUUUGUCCAAAAGCGGUACAAAUAAAUAGCAUGAAAAUAGAAA